AUGGACCCUCCACCGUCGGAGGAGACGAUCUUGACGACACCGACAAUGACAGACACUUUUAAAUCUCACCUUGUUGCCCUGCUCUCCAUCUACGAGCUUGGCCCAUAUCCAGGCGCUCCGAUACCCAGAUACGAGGGUCCUUCAGAUUGGCAAACAGAAACCAUCUUGCGCUCGCUUGCAGCAGUUGCAAAGAGGAUGUGGGCCGCAGAAGACGCCGUGGCAGAGCUUAGAGGUCCUCGUAGCGAAAAGGUGGAGGCCGAAAAGGCUCUGGAGCUUGAGAACCAGCCUGAGCAACAGCACUCAGAAGCAACAACCCCCGUGAACAGGCCCAAUGAAGCAUCUGAUUCCACAACCACUCACAACGGACGAUCCAACGGCACCAACAUGACCAUUUCUCUUGACGGACUGCAAUCUUCAAUCGACCCAUCCAAAGGUUUUUCACGCGCAUACGGUACCAUGAAGGCACACCAGGCUGCUCUCGCUCAGGCUGGCCCCAAUGGUGGAUAUAGCUCAGCACCUCCUACAGCUCACGCUCAGUGCCCUACAUGUGGGAAAUCGAUUUCGGACCCCUUGAUGCUUUAUACUACGGAUAACAAUGCCCCUCUCAGUUCCAGUCCUCUCGUCGUCCCUAUGGGUCCUCUCGCUGCCGCUGCCUUUGAAAGCGGGAUGAGCGCCGUCGAAGAACUCAAGCUGCUAAAGGCACAGGUCCAGGACGUCGCAAGAGUUUGUAAUGCAGUCGCCCGAGGCGAUCUUAGUCAGAAAAUCACCGUCCCAGUGCAAGGUGUAGUUAUGGUUCAACUCAAGGACGUUAUCAAUACUAUGGUCGACAAACUUGGACAAUUUGCAAAGGAAGUCACACGUGUAUCUCAGGAAGUCGGAACUGAAGGCAAACUCGGCGGUCAAGCUCUAGUGCUCGAUGUCGAAGGUACUUGGCGCGAGUUGACGGGCGUCGUCAACAAGUUGGCUGCCAAUUUGACAUCACAGGUCAGGUCUAUUGCAAAGGUUACAAAAGCAGUAGCAUUGGGAGAUUUGAGUAAACAAAUCGAAGUCGAUGCAAGAGGCGAGAUACUAGAUUUAAAAAACACUGUCAAUGGAAUGGUGGUACGAUUACGAGCUCUAGCGGCAGAGGUUACUCGAGUCACAUUGGAAGUCGGAAGUCAAGGCAAAUUGGGUGGUCAAGCGCAUGUGCCAGACGUGGAAGGGGUGUGGCUAAACUUAGUUCGGAAUGUCAAUCGGAUGUGUUCGUCUCUUACGGAUCAAGUGCGGUCUAUUGCAGUGGUGACGACGGCCGUCGCUCGUGGAGAUUUGACCCAGAAGAUUGAAAUCCAAGUAGAAGGCGAGAUGUCCACUUUGAAAGGUACUGUCAAUUCAAUGGUGGACCAGUUGUCUGCGUUUGCCUCCGAGGUUACACGAGUGGCUUUGGAAGUCGGAACACAAGGUAUCUUAGGAGGCCAAGCUAAAGUUGAAGGUGUACAAGGUACAUGGGCAGAUUUGACACGUAAUGUCAACAAAAUGGCCUCCAACUUGACGGAUCAAGUACGCUCUAUAUCCGAGGUGACGAAAGCCGUGGCGUUAGGAGACCUCGGAAAGCUAGUCAAUGUCGAUGUUCAGGGAGAGAUGCUAGACUUGAAGAUGACUGUCAAUUCAAUGGUGGCCCAGCUCAGCACGCUCGCUAACGAGGUCACACGUGUCAGUUUGGAAGUCGGGACGGAAGGUAUCUUGGGUGGACAGGCAUUCGUUCCUGAUGUGCAGGGGAUGUGGAAGGUGUUGACGGAUAAUGUCAACUUAAUGGCAAUGAAUUUGACGAAUCAAGUGCGGUCUAUCGCGGAGGUUACCAAGGCUGUCGCUGGUGGAGAUUUGACUAAGAAGAUCGAGGUCGAUGUGAGGGGUGAAAUCCUAGAGUUGAAGGAGACAGUGAAUGGGAUGACAGAGUCGUUGAGCGUGUUUGCCGACGAGGUCACGAGGGUCGCUAGGGAGGUCGGUACCGAGGGACGAUUGGGAGGUCAAGCUAGGGUCACGAACGUCGGCGGUACCUGGAAGGAUUUGACAGAUAAUGUCAACGUUAUGGCUAACAAUUUGACGCUACAAGUGCGAACUAUCGCUGUCGCUACUACUGCUGUGGCUCGAGGUGACUUGACGCAGAAGAUUGGGGGUGUGUCGGUUUCUGGAGAGAUGUUGAGUUUGGUUAACACCAUCAACGACAUGAUUGACCAGUUGGCCAUAUUCGCUGCCGAGGUCAAGAAGGUCGCGCGUGAGGUCGGAACAGAAGGUAAACUAGGGGUUCAAGCCGAAGUGGGCAAUGUGCAAGGUAUCUGGCAAGAAAUUACGUUGUCUGUCAACACUAUGGCCGGAAAUUUGACGACGCAAGUGCGUGGUUUUGCACAAAUCUCGGCUGCUGCUAUGGACGGAGACUUUACGCGGUUCAUCACUGUCGAAGCCAGUGGUGAGAUGGAUUCGUUGAAGACCCAGAUCAACCAGAUGGUGUUCAAUUUGCGAGACAGUAUUCAAAAGAACACUGCUGCUAGAGAAGCUGCCGAGUUGGCAAAUAGGAGUAAGAGUGAGUUCUUGGCGAACAUGUCGCACGAGAUCAGAACACCUAUGAAUGGUAUCAUCGGCAUGACGGAGUUGACGCUAGAUAGCGAUUUGAAUAGAUCGCAGCGGGAAAGUUUGCUGCUAGUUCACAGUUUGGCGCGGUCACUACUAUUGAUUAUUGACGAUAUUUUGGAUAUCUCGAAAAUUGAGGCUGGGCGCAUGACCAUGGAGGCGGUAUCUUACUCUCUUCGCCAGACCGUAUUCGGUAUCCUCAAGACUCUAGUGGUACGGGCAUCGCAGAACAAUUUGGAUCUCACGUACGACGUGGAACCGGACAUCCCUGAUCAACUCAUUGGUGAUUCGUUGCGUCUACGGCAGGUCAUCACCAACUUGGUUGGUAAUGCCAUCAAGUUCACGCCUUCCAAGGCAUCCCGCAAAGGCCAUGUCGCGCUGAGCACGCGCCUAUUGGCCCUCGAUGACCAGAGUGUUACUCUGGAGUUCUGUGUGACUGAUACUGGUAUUGGUAUUGCAAAAGACAAGCUUAACCUAAUCUUCGAUACCUUCUGUCAAGCUGACGGAUCAACAACACGAGAAUAUGGUGGUACAGGCUUAGGUCUAUCCAUCUCGAAGAGACUCGUUUCGCUAAUGCAGGGUAACAUGUGGGUGGAGAGUGAGGUGUCGAAGGGAAGCAAGUUCUUCUUCACGAUCACCUCACAGAUCAGCCACUCGACGAUGGAAGCGACGUUGAGCAAGAUGGCCCCGUUCGCGAAGCGCACGAUACUCUUUGUUGAUACCCUUUUCGACGAGACUGGUGUUGUUGACCGUAUCAAGGAACUCGGUCUACGGCCAUACGUAGUUCAUGACGUCAAGGCUGUCGCGGAUAAGGAGAAAUGUCCCCAUAUUGAUACCAUCGUCGUGGAUUCGCUGACUGUUACGGAAUGCAUUCGCGAAUAUGAGCAUCUGCGAUAUAUACCCGUCGUUCUGUUGGCACCAUCCAUGCCACGACUUAACCUAAAAUGGUGCUUGGACAAUAGCAUUAGCUCUCAAGUGACCACACCUGUGACUGCUCAAGAUCUUUCAUCUGCCCUUAUCUCCGCACUAGAGUCGAACACCGUCAGCCCCGUCUCAGCGCCCAACGACGUCACCUUUGACAUUCUGCUGGCCGAGGACAAUUUGGUCAAUCAGAAGCUAGCUGUCAAGAUCUUAGAGAAAUAUGGGCACACAGUGGAGAUUGCAGAGAACGGCAGUUUGGCUGUCGAUGCUUUCAAAGGACGGGUGGCGCAAGGCAAGCCAUUUGAUAUUAUUCUGAUGGAUGUGUCUAUGCCUUUCAUGGGUGGUAUGGAGGCUACGGAGUUGAUCCGCUCUUAUGAGAUGCACAAGAGCCUGCCACCUACACCUAUCAUUGCGCUAACUGCUCAUGCCAUGAUCGGUGACAGAGAACGUUGCUUGCAAGCAGGAAUGGACGACCACAUCACCAAACCUUUACGUCGCGCUGACCUUCUCAACUCGAUCAACAAGCUUGCUGGCGAACGCGGCGCACAGAAGAUCCAUCAUCUCUUGCGGCGGCCUAUCCCUAUCUCCCAGAACUACUCGUAG